UUCAAUGAAGUCACUGGUGUCUGUUGGCUGCCUUCAUCUCUCUCUCCUGGUGAGUGAAAUGUGCGUCUGUCUCCCAAAGCUAUAGCUGAGGAUCUCUCAGCCACAUGAUGAUGCUCAGCAGGAGGAAGAACUAAGACAAGGUGCAAACUAUUUUUGUUUUUUUUCAACUUUUUUGUUUUUUUUCAACUGUUUUGUUUUGGUUCUGAUUUUGAUGAUGUUGGUUUUCUUUCAAGUGCAAAUAAGUUUCCUGCUCUGGACUGGGAACGCUCGUUUCACUCGUCUUGAACUGCGUUUUAAAAGAUGAAUAACCAAACGAUGACAACAAGGGGCUUUGUCCCAACCAUCCCGUCUAUUAUGUUCAUCUUCGGGAUGGUUGGGAACUUCAUCGCCAUCGUGGUGCUUUGUAAGUCUCGCAAAGAACAGAAAGAAACCACGUUUUACACGCUGGUGUGUGGCCUGGCGGUCACGGACCUGCUGGGCACCCUGCUGGCCAGUCCGGUCACCAUCGCCACCUACGUGAAGGGCUCGUGGCCAGGCGACAACGCGCUGUGCCAGUACUUUGGCUUCAUCUUGCUCUUCUUCUCUCUGGCCGGGCUCAGCAUCAUCUGUGCCAUGUCGGUGGAGAGAUACAUCGCCAUCAACCAUCCCUACUUCUACAACGACUUUGUGGACCAGAAACUGGCCGGUUUGACUCUCCUGGGCAUCUACAUCUCCAACGCGCUCUUCUGCGCUCUGCCUAUCGUCGGCUUCGGACAUGUGAAGAAACAAUACCCGGACACUUGGUGCUUCUUAGAGUGGAGGAGCAACAAGACCAGCGAUGCCGCCUACUCCUUCAUAUACGCCGGCUACAGCACUCUUCUGAUCCUCACCACUGUUGUCUUUAAUGUGCUGGUGUGCGUGGCUUUGAUCCGGAUGCACCAACACUUCAUGCGCAAGAUGUCGCUGGGUGCCGACCUGGGACGCACCGGGAAGCCGCCGAGGAGAGGAAGCAGCUUCAGUCGUCUGGCCGGUGCAGAGAUCCAGAUGGUCAUUCUGCUCACAGGCACUUCGGCAGUGAUGCUUAUCUGCGCCAUACCACUUGUUGCUCAGGUGUUUUUAAACCAGCUGUAUAAGACUCCAGUGGAGCCGAGGUUGGACAAAAACCCUGAUCUACGUGCCAUACGCUUUGCCUCCUUCAACCCCAUUCUCGACCCCUGGAUCUACAUCCUGCUCCGCAAGGCUGUUCUCCUCAAGCUCAUUGAGAAAAUCAAGUGGUUAUUUUGCAAGAUGGGAGCACAGAGGCAACAGAGACAGGAUAACCGCCCCUCUGUAGACACUCUUCAACGUCCCUUGACCACCAAUAACCGGGACUCAACCGUCCUGGUCUGCCACGAUGUGCGAGACUACACCAAAAACUCCCAGAUCUUCCACUACCUGCCAGAGGGAAGUGAGGUGUACAAAGGAACCUGCCACAAAGCAGACAAACUCUCUGGUACACAACCUUCAUCAGUCAGAGACUCACAGGCUUAUUAUUCCUCCGAGCAGGGAAGCGAUGAGGCUCAGAGUAGAGAAGUAAUCAGGGACCUUUCAGCUCUGCCAUGCCCAAAAGACCCGGCACUUCAGGUGUCAUUGACCACUGAGACAGAGGAGGAGAAAUCCAUCUGACUUAACUCUGAAUAAGGAGAAAGUUCUCAGUUCGCUCUGAAGCAGAUUGUCUACCGAAUGACUUCUCUAAAAGUGAACUUCUAAACCUCUGAAAAAUGGGGGGAAGGCAAAUAAAAACAAUAAAUGACUCUUCUUGUGAAGUCGGGCACAUAAAGAAGCGAGAAAGAAAGAGAAACUUGAAGUUCUGUGAGCUUCCUGUUGUUCUCUGUUUCAGCGCACACCUACCUCUAGUUAUGACUAUCUCUGACUGUGUGAGCAGAUUUUGUCAUUUUGCCUAAAACAGAUAUUCUAACAAAGAUGAUGACCCACUUCUUCAUGACUCAAGUGUCAGUGAUGGAAAAGCUAUCCUUCCUCAUUUCAGCUACUUUGUUCGAUCAUUGUGGAAACCUUUACUGUAAAGUAGAUGGGGCCAGAAAUUUAGAAUAAUUGAGUCACACGCUUGUGGUCAAUAAAUGAAAACAGUAUUGAAUGUGAUCCUUACUGUAUGAGUAACCACUGGCAUGUAUGCUGCCAUUGUAAGGAGUGAUUUCUUUAACAAACUCUAUUGUGCAGUGCUUUUUGAAGGACAUGUGUGACUAAGUACAGUGCAGUAUUAUCAUGUGGUGGACACCAACAUUUUUGCGGGAAUACACACACACACACACACGUCAUCUCAAAUUAUAAAAAACUUUAUUUCCGUAGUUAUUAACGCUAAACAUUUUGUUCCUCAGCUACAGAAAAAUGUGGUGUAAAUCAGUGGACAGAUGUUGCUUGAUGUGGAGUACUAAGAUGAAGAUAUUUCAACACACGUGUCAAUGUUGUGUAAAAUAUUGUUCGUAAUAAAGUUAUUCUUCUCUACGAGAAGGUUUAGUUGAUAAAUCACAACUCUCAAGGGAUUCUCCACACUAAAGAAGUAUUUCUUUGAUCAGAAUCACUAUUUUGCAGCGCUAACAUCCAGAAAAUCAGGACUUUACAAAAUGUUUUGCAUCAGUUGGGACGGUUAUUUUCAUGAGCAGUUAUUCUGCUGAUUAUUCAGUUAAUUAUUUAGUCAAAAUGUCCAAAAAAAUUGAUCGUUUUUUCCAUGCCUUAUAAUGUUUGUCAGUUGACACCUUCAGCUGCUGUCUCACCACUAUAUACAAUAGACUGAACUUUUGAACCCGUUUGUUUGAGCUUUUCCACUCAAAUGAGCUUUAUGUCUUAGUUUCAGCAGCUUUGUAGCACACAGUCUGCCUCCUUUUCCCUGUUAUUAAAUCGGCUCCAGAUUGUU